GCUUCCGGUCUUCUUGCAAAAGAGACGAAUACGGUCAAAGGUGUGGAACUCAAAUACAAUGAACCGCCAGAAGCGAGAAAGCCAUUGAAGAAUUGGAGGCUGUACGUUUUCAAGGGAAGUGAGCAGAUCGAUCUGAUACAUAUCUACAAACAAUCAUGUUACUUAAUCGGGAGAGAUACAGUGGUCACAGACAUACCUAUCGCUCAUCCAUCAUGCUCGAAACAACAUGCUGUGAUACAAUUCAGACAGAUCAGUGAGAAGAACGAGUAUGGGGAAGUUAGUACUAGCGUCAAACCAUUCAUCAUAGACCUUGAAUCCACCAACGGAACAUUUGUCAACGAUCAGGAAGUGCCCAAAUCUCGAUAUUAUGAACUACGAAAUACUGACGUAGUGAUCAAAUUUGGUACGUCCAGCCGGGAAUAUGUGCUCUUGCAUGAAGAUGCGUCGGCUUGA